AACAUGGUGGACAGAUUUUUUAAAAUGUGCUAAACGUUCAUAUCUAAAUAUGAUGUGACAAGACCAACAUGAUGGACGAGGUUGAAGAAAACGACACAGGCUUGGAGAUUAAUGUUGAAGUUCUCAUAAAAUGUGUCCUCUUGAGUCUCAUUGGAGUGGUAUGCAUUGUGGGCAACAUGUUAGUGAUUCGAACUUUAAUCUUCUUCAAAUACCCGAAAAUUCAUCUUUACGUCAUGAUAGGUGGACUGUCUGUGGCAGACCUCCUCAAAAUCACACCCGAGAUCCUGCAGAAUGUGAUCCGCUGGACACACAAGGGUGAUGUGAUCACAUCAGAAUGGUGCCAGUCCAUUUUCUACCUCGUAGAAACAUGCACAUACGUGGCUUCCUGCCAUCUUGUCGCGCUCAGUAUUAUUCGUUGCAUCAUGCUCACAGACCGUGCGCAUUAUUCAAAAUCUUAUGUUGUCCAUGCAUUCAUCAGCAGUCUUGUCAUAUGGGUACUUACAAUACUUGCCAACAUCCCAAAUGUAAAGGCGAUUGUGAAGGACGAUGAUUACGGGUGUUUGCGCAGCGCCUCAUUAAAUGCAGAGACUGAGAGAAAUAGUUAUUUAAAAGUUGCGUUUUCGUAUGCUCUGCCCCUCCUGGUGAUUGUGAUAGUGUACAUUGUAACUUGGUACUUUACACAGAGGUUUUUCGCAGACAGUUACUCUCACAGAGAAAGACGCCUUUCUCGUAUGGUGACAUUGCUGAUAGUGAGCUUUGGCAUAUGCAAGUUGCCACAUGAGAUCGUGAGUUUUAUUGUCUUUUAUCAGUCUCGUAUGGUACUGACCUCUUUCAGUAAUCUUAAAUUGGACUUGGACUUGUCUUUGAACAGUACAGACACUCUUUCCUCCGAUGACAUGCUCAAUGACUAUCCCAACAACGGGUCUGAUAACUACCAUCUCUGGGGAAACAUCUACGAAUAUUGUGACAUUUUGGCCGUGCUUGACUUGGCUCUUCGGCCCUUCUUCUAUGCAAAACUCUCCUAUUACUUCAGUAAGAGCUUUGAUGAAGUUAUCAAUUGUACAUCGUGUCGUAAGAACAACAAUGCUUCGUGUUCAGAUGUUCACCAAUCUCGUGAAGGUGCAGUACGAAUGGGCUCACAAAGUGGCCCAUCUUUGACACCACUGACCGUGGGGCGUGAGGAAUCUCCGGACAAUCAGUGUGAUGACAUCAUUGAAAUUGAGGACGACUGAUGGUGAUUAAAGUGUGUACUGUAUCAGGUAUGGUGCAGUGUUGACAUUGGACA